AUGGUUCGUUCUCCCCACUCUGGAAUAGGGAUGGCAAUAGGGAGAUGUAAGGUAGAGGCGAUACAAAUUGCGUUUAACCCUUCAUGUCAAAAACAUGAAGCAUUUUUCCUCUUUCUCUCUUUAUUUAACCUAACAUUCUAUGGCUCAACAGCCCAGAAUUUAAUCCAAACAACUUGCCAAUCAUUAUCCAAAAAUGGUACAAGUUUUAAGUAUGAUUUUUGCACUUCAUCUCUACAAGCUGCUCCGGCGAGUCAACGUGCUACUCUCCCUGGCAUUGGAACGACUUCAAUUAGGUUAAUUCAAUACAAUGUUACUGAUACGAUGAGUCACGUUAAGAUGCUACUAUUGAAGGAUAAGAAAUUGGAUUCUCAUAAUACGAGUUGCUUGAAGGCUUGUUUAGAGGUUUAUUCUAACGCGAUCGCAAGUAUCAAGCAUGCUACGAAGAGUUAUAAUACGAAGCAAUAUUACGAUGCGAAUAUACAAAUAAGUGCAAUUAUAGCUGACGCUACGACAUGUGAAGAUGGGUUUAUGGAGAUACAAGGUGGUGUCUCACCGUUAACUAAGAGAAAUGAUAAUACUAUUCAAUUAUCUUCAAUUGCACUUUCUGUUGUGAACUUUAUGUUUUACAAUAGAUCAAUGGAAUUAAAUUAAGACGUUAAUGUCAUAUGUAUAAUAUGAUCUUUGAAUUACAACACUUUAUGUAUUUUGAUUGAGUUGGAUCUGAUGGGAACCCAAACAUUUGUUAGUUACCAAUUCGAGUAUGUUUGUGGUGCAAUUCUAGGUUGUUUAUUUCGUAAUA